AGCUCGUCAACCACCUCCGUAGCUUGCUAGACAACAUAGCCGAAAGAUUCAAGCUAUUUAUACUCUUUUGGUGUAUAUUAACUGCUGUGUUUUAGACACACGUCUGUCGUACCUACUUGUUAAGAUAUUUAAUGUAAUAUUACGUUAUUUUGUAUUAGUCAGCUAUAGUAGCUUGCUGGUUAAGUUAGCACUAGUCUAGUCUCUAAUGAUAGAUAGUUAACAUCCCUGACCAUGAGCUCCCUACACUACUCUCCUGUUAAAGAAGAGGAGGUCUGCUGGAUGGCGAAAGAAGCUCUGGGGCUGAACGUUGUUGUGAAAGAGGAGGAGGAGGAGGAAGAGGAGGAUGUCACUGUAAAGGAAGAAGUUGGGGGUGAGACUGUUACAGUGAAAGAAGAAGAGAAAGACGUUUCAGUGAAAGAAGAGAAAGACGUUUCAGUGAAAGAAGAGAAAGACUUUUCAGUGAAAGAAGAGAAAGACGUUUCAGUGAAAGAAGAGAAAGACGUUUCAGUGAAAGAAGAGAAAGACGUUUCAGUGAAAGAAGAGAAAGACGUUUCAGUGAAAGAAGUAGGAAGAAGCGUUCAGAGUGAAAGAGGAGGAGGAUGUUACAGUAAAAGAAGAGGAGGAAGAGAAAGAGGAGGAUGCAGUUUUUGGAGUGAAGAAGGACGGGGAGAUUACUGUCACAUUGAAAGAUGAAGAGGUGGAGAUAGGAGAUCUGAUUAACCCCAGAGAGAGACGGGACUACCGUGGUUCCUCUGGGGAGCCUUAACAACCUCAUGAGGCGGAGAAGAGUCUCUCCACAUCAGAACAACUCAAGAAACACCAGCAGAGACCCACAGGGAGGAGACUUCACUGCUGCUCUGACGGUGGGAAGAGAUUCACCUCCUCAGCAGGCAUUAAAAUUCAUCAGAGAAUCCACACAGUAGAGAAACCUUAUAGCUGUACUCAAUGUGGGAAGAGUUUUACUCAUUCAACCAGCCUGAUAUCACACCAGAGAACACACACAGGAGAGAAAUCUUAUAUCUGUGGUAUGUGGGAAGAGUUUUACUUGGCUAAACACCCUGAUAUUACACCAGAGAACACACUCAGGAGAGAAACCGUAUAGCUGUAAUGAAUGUGGGAAGAGUUUUACUCACCUAAGCAGCCUGAUAUCACACCAGAGAACACAGACAAGAGAUAAACCAUACAGCUGUAAUGAAUGUGGGAAGAGUUUUACUCACCUAAGCAGCCUGAUAUCACACCAGAGAACACACACAGGAGAUAAAUCUUAUAGCUGUACUCAAUGUGGGAAGAGUUUUACCUCAUCUAGCAGUCUGACUCAACACCAGAGAACACACAUAGGAGAGAACCUUAUACCUGUGAUCAAUGUGGGAAAAGUUUUAGUCAGCUAAGCGGCAUGAUAUCACACCGGAGAGAAACCGUAUAGCUGUGAUCAAUGUGGGAAGAGUUUUGCUAUAUCUGCCCAGCUGCAUUUACACCAGAGAACACACACAGGAGAGCCUUUCUGGGGAGGUACAUGGACAAUGUCUCCUCAGCGAGGUACCUCAGGGAUUCCCUGGGUUUCUGGAAUGGGAAGAGAGGCUUCCAGGCGUUACUCAGGGAGUCCCCGAAGAGUGUGGAUGGCUACCUCCAUCCUCCGGCAAUGUUCUCCCUGGGGGCUGACAGGGGAACCCUAUACUAUGCACGUCAGCCCCCGUUCUGCAGGCGUUGUAUGGCCUACGGCCAUACCCUGGCCUCGUGCAGUAACAAGAAAUGUCGUUUUUGUGGGUCGGAAGAGCACGAGGCCAGGGAGUGUGACGAGCCCAAGGCUUGCCACGGGUGUGGCUCCAGAGAACACCUGUGGCGUGAUUGCCCGGAUCGUCACAGGUCAUACGCGUCUGCAGCUGGGGGGGGAGCGGGGGAUGGGGGGAGGAAAGAAAGGACGCGUGCGGAUUGUACGGAUGGCACAGGGGAAAAGAAGGCAAGAGAAGAGGAUGGAAAGAAGGAAGAAAUGAGAAGAAAGAGGCGGGAAGAAGGAAAGAGUGGAAAAGAAGAGGAGAAGGAAAAGAAGGCAGAAGAACGUAAAGGAGCGGUGAAGGGGACAGUGGUGCGAGAAGGAGUGGAAGAGGGAAUGGGGACAGUGACAGGGACAGUGACGGAGGGAGGAGUGGAGAUUUAG